AUGCGGCUGCUGGCGCACAACAUGCUGGCGUGUAACGCCAAGGGCGUGGUGAACGGGUUCCCGCUGAAGAUUGUCCCGAAGGAAACGCGCGAGGUCGAAGUGGACUUUAACGCCGAAUUCUUGACGCACAUGCUGCCGAAGAUGGAGUGGAGUGCGUUUGUGAAUGCGGCGAAGGAGAUCGGGCUUGAGGGACUACCGAGCGAGAUUCCCGACGACGCGGCGAGCGACGAGGAGUUUUUGAGAACGUUUCAUCACGCGCUUUUAGAGGUGCACGUGGAGGAAGGCACGUUGGUGUGCCCGGAGAGCGGGAGAAAGUUUCCCAUUAAUAAAGGGAUUCCGAAUAUGCUGCUCAACGAGGAUGAGGUGUAG